AUGACAGUUGUAUCUCCUGAUACCAAACCCUUUGGUCCUAAGAUUUCCAAAGAGGAGGACCUAAUUGCAUCCAGGGUUAGGCGUGGCUUUGGUCCAGACCCAACUCGGCUGGAUGCACAAGAGGCGGUAUCGCAGUGGCAUCAUCAUACCGCAGAAUCGAAGGGCUUACCAUCUACUUCAUUCAUGAGACGGUUAGGGCUUCACGGAUGGCCCGAGCCGUUUUACAAGGUUCGGAAUGUCAUGGAGCCGCUACUUGAGCCGGGGAAUGCCACAGAUGCCGUCUUUGAGCCCAUAGUAUGGUCUCUUCUAGGUUUCUGGUGGCCACAAGGACCAAACAAGGGGCUGAACACCUCAAUAGUCCCGGAUACAAGUCGUGUGUGGCACAAGCCCGUAACUGAAGUCAUUGGUCUAUGCGAAUAUGUGCCUGGGCGAAGGGCCACAAGCUUCCCAAAAGAGAAUAAAAGUCUAUGGGCCGCGCUCAGUGGUAGAUGGGAGGCCGCUUAUGGAAGGGCAUAUGGAAAUUUUGUCGGUAUCAUAAUAUUCGUCGUUGAAAGGUAUAAUGAAUUGUUCAACAACGAAUUGUUUAUAACGCUUUCGCUAUACUUCUUCAUACUUCUAUCUAUUAUGACGAAGAAGGACCUCAUGGAGGUUCUUUCUGAUUGUAUCUUUCCUUUCGACACGUUCCCAGUCUACAAUAAAGCGGCUGCGACUACAAGAAGUCUCUAA